UGUGAAAACGUUCUAUCCGUGGAAUGGAUGCCGUGUCUGUGGUCAGCCAUCUGAGGAGCCUGGCGUCCGAGCCCCGGAACAGAGCUGGGAUCGUGAAUGAUAAGAGCUGCCUGGCAGGGCUCAUCCUCCUUCUCAGCCACCAGGAUCCAAAUGUAGUGGAGGGCGCUCUACAGACAAUUUGCUAUUUGUGUGAGAAUGCUCAUCACUGUGAAAUUAUGAGGCAUGAACUUGGUAUGAUGGUGAGUUUGGAGAACAUAAGAAGCAGUCAAGUGAAAAAGAAGUGUUUAACAUCGGCAAUUGCAGAAACCAAAGUGCUGAAAGCACAGCAAGUGAUAAAGAAUGAAUCGGGCAAAGAGGUGUAUCUCCCAAUGCCAAGUGUAAGUCUUCCGGUUGAAAAGAAUUCAUGCUUACCAGACUAUUUACCAGAAGAAGAAAGUCCUCAGAAGGACAUAGAGAAAGCUCUAGCUCGGCCAGCAUUAAAGGAGGAGAACAGUGGAAGCUGGUUUAAUGCUGCAGCAAAUUUCCUCAGUAAAACCUUUUACUGGUGAUUCACAAACCCUGGAUGUCAUCGCGUGUCUCAAGUAUUUACUUGUC